GAAGGAGACCCACAGCUCUGUGACUUGCAGAACUUGAACUCUGUCUUGCACCGGGCGCCUCGCUCCCUCCAGCACCAUGUCUUUCUCCUACUGCCUGCCCAACCUGAGCUGCCGCUCCACCUGCUCCUCCCGGCCCUGCGUGGCCCCCAGCUGCCACAGCAGCAUCCUGCCCGGGGCCUGCAACAUCCCCGCCAACGUGGGCAGCUGCGGCUGGUUCUGCGAGGGCGCCUUCAAUGGCAGCGAGAAGGAGACCAUGCAGUUCCUGAACGACCGCCUGGCCAGCUACCUGGAGAAGGUGCGCCAGCUGGAGCGUGAGAACGCGGAGCUGGAGAACCGCAUCCGGGAGCGGUGCCAGCAGCAGGAGCCCUUCGUGUGCCCCAACUACCAGUCCUACUUCCGGACCAUCGAGGAGCUCCAGCAGAAGAUCUUGUUUAGCAAGUCUGAGAACGCCAGGCUGGUGGUGCAGAUUGACAACGCCAAGCUGGCUGCAGACGACUUCAGGACCAAGUACGAGACGGAGCUGGGCUUGCGGCAGCUGGUGGAGUCGGACCUCAAUGGCCUGCGCAGGAUCCUGGACGAGCUGACCCUGUGCAAGUCUGACCUGGAGGCCCAGGUGGAGUCCCUGAAGGAGGAGCUGCUGUGCCUCAAGCAGAACCAUGAGCAGGAAGUCAACACCCUGCGCAGCCAGCUGGGAGACCGCCUCAACGUGGAGGUGGACGCGGCCCCCACCGUGGACCUCAACCGUGUGCUCAACGAGACCAGGUGUCAGUAUGAGGCCCUGCUGGAGACCAACCGCAGGGACGUGGAGGAGUGGUUCACCACCCAGACCGAGGAGCUCAACAAGCAGGUGGUGUCCAGCUCGGAGCAGCUGCAGACCUCCCAGGCGGAGAUCAUCGAGCUGAGACGCACGGUCAACGCCCUGGAGAUCGAGCUGCAGGCCCAGCACAACCUGAGGAACUCCCUGGAGAACACGCUGACGGAGACCGAGGCCCGCUACAGCUCCCAGCUGUCCCAGCUGCAGUGCAUGAUCACCAGCGUGGAGUCCCAGCUGGCCGAGAUCAGGGGUGACCUGGAGCGGCAGAACCAGGAGUACCAGGUGCUGUUGGACGUGCGGGCCCGGCUGGAGGGCGAGAUCAACACGUACCGGGGGCUGCUGGAGAGCGAGGACUGCAAGCUUCCCUGCAACCCCUGCGCCACAACGAACGUGUGUGGAGUCGCCGGGCCCUGUGCCCCCCUCACGCCCUGUGUCCCCCGCCCACGCUGUGGUCCCUUCCUGAACUAGACCCGGGGGCUGCCAGAGGAGCAGGGAGUUGGGCCCAAGGCUCCAGAAGUUUGAGCCGGCACUGGUUCCUUUGACAAAAAGGGCUGGAAAACACACACCUUUUAUGCCUGGAGCCACUCCAGUCAAACAGCAGAGAAACUCACCCAACCUGCUCCAGACCUUUCGCUGCCACCCUUUUCUUUACUGGGGUCUGCUCCUUCUUUGCCCGCCCUGAGAACCCUCCCAGUAGCAGCAGCCUACUCUUGUAACCUCCUAAUAAAACUGAUUUCCCUGGUAUAGCA